CAGAACUUCUGGUUUCCAUCCUGAUUCCUGUAACAAUGUGGUGGACAACAUUUACUCCAAAGCUAUUGUAGUGUUAUCAAGUGGACUAGAAGUGAUGUGUGAUGCUGAAACUGAAGGAGGUGGCUGGCUGGUCAUACAGAGAAGAUUUAACGGAGAACUCAACUUCUACCGAGGCUGGCAAGACUAUAAAAAAGGUUUUGGAGAUUAUGUCAGCGGAGAAUUUUAUCUUGGUAAUGAAAAUAUUCAUCGCAUAACGACAAAUGGAACUUACGAAAUCAGAAUUGAUUUUGAUUAUAAUUUAAGUAAAUAUUACGCGAAAUAUUCGAGAUUUUAUUUACACGGAGAGAACGAAGGUUAUAAAUUACAUGUUAGUGGCUAUACAGGGAAUGCUGGGAAUAUGCUAACUUAUCACAAUGACAUGAAAUUUACAACUUAUGACAAAGAUUAUGAUGCACAUGGAUCAGAAAACUGUGCUGUUUUGUACAAAGGUGGCUGGUGGUACAGAGGCUGUCAUGAGGUAAAUUUGAAUGGUAUUUGGAACAGCAAGGAAGACGGGCAAGGAGUCAUUUGGGUUUCGAUCACAGGUGAUUAUGAUUCUGCUUCAAGAACGGAAAUAAAAAUUAGAAACAUUAUUUAAAAUUUAAAUUAGAGUAAUUAAAGCUUUACAACUAACAUAAAAUAGUACUAAAACUAAUAUGUUACACAUACGAAUAUAAAAACAAGAUAUUUUUUCUAUUAA